ACAUUAAUCUCUGGAGCAGUGGUUGAACAAUUGGAUUUCUUAAGAAUCAGUGAUACAGAAGAGCCUCCAGAAUUUAAGAGUUUUGAAGAACUGGAACUUCCAAAACAUUCAAAAGUCAAGAGGCAAACCAGCACACCAAAUGCAACUGAGUUGGAACAGCAGCCAGAUAUUAAUAGUAAUGAUUGGAAAAACAAGCCAGUUUAUGAGAUACUUCAGAAACUGAAUGACUGCAGCUGCCUAGCAAGUCAGAUAAUUCUGUUGAACAUUUUGCUCAAAAGGGAAGGUCCACAUUUCAUCACCAAGGAAGGCACUGUCUCUGAUCACAUUGAAAGAAUAUACCGAAAAGCUGGCAGCAAAAAGCUCUGGUCUGUUGUGCGCUUCGCAGCAAGCCUUUUAUGUAAGCUAGUGGACAGCCUUGCCCCAUCUAUUACUAAUGUUUUAGUUCAGGGCAAGCAGGUGACUCUUGGGGCAUUUGGCCAAGAAGAAGAAAUUAUAUCUAAUCCCUUGUCUCCAAGUGCAAUUAAAGACAUCAUCUACAACAAGUGUAAUUUGCAGGACGAGAGAGAAGCUGUUCUUCAACAGGAACUUGUCAUUCAUAUUGGCUGGAUCAUCUCCAACUCCCCUGAGUUAUUUAAUGGCAUGCUGAAGAUACGUGUGGGGUUAGUACAUCACUCUCUUAACCUGUUUUCAGUUAUGUCUGUGAAUCCUUAUAUCCCACCUGCACAAAUUGAGAUACCUGGGUCGCACGUGUCUCCUGGAAGGCUUGGGAGAACCUCUAGAGCCCUUCCAAGUGUUACCACCUUCCAAGUGUUAAAUAUUAAUAGAACAGUAAUAGAAAGUUUAAUAUAUGUAUAGUCAUGGUCCUAACUGCUUAAUUCAUUUCAAAAUUAGUUUUUGCCUUGAUCCCUCCUACUUUUUUGCCUCAUCUCCCCCAUUUUUCAUAGCCCCUGACCUCCCAGCAAAAGGCCAAGUAGGAUGCCUGCUGCAACACAUCUCAAUACAUAUUUUUUCUUUAGAAUAACCAUUUUCAUGGGCAUCCUUAUGCACAGUUGA